UUAUUAUAUAUUUUAAUUUAGUUAAAUUUAAACAGUGAAGUUUUAGGUUAAUAAUGACAUUUUUAGGUUAACCUCAUUGAAAGAUUUUAUGCAUAAAAAUGUUUUAAUUGAAAUUGUUUGUAAUAUAUUUAAAAUGAAAAGGAAUUCUAUAGCAAAUUCACCGAGAGGAGAAUGCAGAUAUGCUGAAAAAUGUUAUCGGAAGAAUCCAGUACAUUUUCAAGAAUAUGGACAUAAACAUUUGAUGGACAUAUUAAACCAAACUCCCGAAGGCACCGAUUUUGAAAUUCCUCAGCAUCUACUAGCAUGCAGAGAAAUUUUAACUACACAACUAAAAAUAUUAGUAGAUUUAAAUAUUAUACCAAAUAAAAAAGUAAAAACUGAUCAUGAUAAUAAUCAAUCCAAUUCUAAUAACAAUUUUGAAGAUUCUUUACCUAAUUCUAGUAGCACAAAUAGAAAUAUAAAUAAUGAAGGUAAUAGAAAUCUAAUUGAUGAAGGAAAUAAAAAUUUAACUAAUGGAGGAAAUAGAAAUGUAAUUAAUGAAGGUGCAAAUAGAAACACAAUUACUAUUAGGACUCCGCAAGACAUAAAUAAUGAUGUUGAUGCUGGUUCAUCAAGUACGAUUUCUAUAAAGACUCCACAAGAAAUUAAUGCUGAUGCUGGAACAUCGAGUAAUAAUGAUUUUAGUUUUUCAACUAGUAGAAAUAGUGUUUCACCGAGACCAGAAAAGACUGAUUGUGAUUUAGAAAAGUUAGAUGUUGAUAGGAAGAAGCAUUUGGUGGUUGAAAAAGAUGAUAAGAAGAAAAAUUUGGUGGUUGAGAAGGAUGAUUCGAAUGUGAGGAGAAGUCCAUCGCCAAGAAGUAGGCGUAAGGUUGAUCCUAAAGAAAUAUUUAAUGUGGUGGCUCCACAAGGAAAAUUUGCAGAAAAAUUGGCAAAAGCUAGUCCAUAUAAUUUUUUUUUAACUACAGUCACUGCUAAUCGAGUUACACAUGAUGAACCACUCAGUGUUACUUUCACAGAAUUGCUAGAUAAAAGUCUUGGAGAGCUAGAAUCAUCAGUACAAAUUAAUUUCAUGGUUGAUCUGUCCUGGUUAUUAGCUCAUUACUAUGUUUCUGGAAACAGAGACACUCAACUUUUGAUUCUGUAUGGUGAAGAGACAGAUGACUUAAUUGAUAUAAAUAAAAAGUCCAAAAAUAUACAAACAGUUCAAGUCAAGAUGGGGAGUCCUUUUGGGAAACAUCACACGAAAAUGUCCUUGCUUGGUUACAAAGAUGGUUCAAUGCGAGUAGUGGUCUCAACAGCAAAUUUGUAUGAGGAUGAUUGGGAAAAUAGAACUCAGGGCCUAUGGGUGAGUCCCCGUUUGCCAGCAAUCGAAACAGUAUGGGACACCAGAGUUGGUGAAAGUGAAACCGGGUUUCGUGAUGAUUUACUUCGAUAUUUGAUCUCAUAUAAAAUUCCACAACUCCAAACGUGGAUUGCCAGGAUUAGGAAGACUGAUUUUAGCUCUAUAAAUGUUUUUCUUGUUGCCUCAAUUCCUGGUUCUCAUCGUGGUUUAGAUGGCACUCGGUAUGGUCAUAAAAGAUUGGCAGCAUUGCUGUCAAGUCAUGCGAAUGCUGCAGCUACUUCUAAAGAUUAUGUUGUUGCCCAGAGUUCGAGUAUUGGCAGCUUGGGACCAAAUAAAGAUUCUUGGGUAGGUGGUGAAUUCUUAACAAGUACUACACGAACAAAACCUCGUGGAACAAGUGGAGAUGCUUCAGCAAGAUUAUUGGAGCAGAGACCGUUGAUCAAAAUGAUAUAUCCCUCAUUAGCCAAUGUUCGGGCAAGUCACGAUGGUCUGAUGGGUGGUGGAUGUCUUCCUUAUAAUGUUAAAACGCAUUCAAAACAGAAUUGGCUUGUGUCAAUAUUACACCAGUGGCGCGCAAAAUCAAGGAACAGGACCAAAGCAAUGCCGCACAUAAAGUCUUACUGUCGUGUCAACAUCAAGGAUGACAAGAUUUUAGGACUGCACUGGUUUUUGGUAACUUCUGCCAAUUUAUCAAAGGCUGCUUGGGGAGUUGUCAAUAAGACCACAGGAGGAUCCUUGUGCGGAGAUCCGCCAUUGAGGAUUAUGAGCUACGAAGCGGGGGUGCUAUUUUUACCGCAAUUUGUGAUUCAAAAAGACUUUCUACCUCUGCAAAACGAUUCGUCUCUGGGACCAAUCUUUCCGAUGCCUUUUGAUCUACCUUUAACUCCAUACAAUCCAGACGACACGCCAUUCUUUAUGGAUUUGCUUUCAGGAUAG